AUGUCCAGAGCUGACUGGUCCUUCCUGGAACACCUGCUGGAGGAGGGCCAAGAGUACUCGACAGCGAUCGGCCGCAUCUGGCUUACCAUCCUCUUCCUGUUUCGGAUGCUGGUCCUGGGAACCGCCGCUGAAUCGGCGUGGGAUGACGAACAAGCCGACUUUGUGUGCAACACAAAGCAACCGGGCUGCACCGCCGUGUGCUACGACAGAGCCUUCCCCAUAUCCCACUUCCGCUACUUCAUCCUCCAAGUCAUCUUCGUCUCCACGCCGACCAUCUUCUACUUCGGGUAUGUGGCCGUGCAGACUGGGAAGAACCACAGAGACGGAGAGGUUAAAGAUGAGGAGCAGGCGGGUAAAGGUUUAGUAAGGGAUCAUAACUGUGUGACUAAAGAUGACUCAGAGGAGAAAGAGAAAGAAAAGAGCGGUGGGAACACGGUGAGAUCUACCAAGACUCCUCAUGGGCCGUUGAAACUGAAAGGCAGACUGCUUGGAGCAUACGCAGCCAGCAUCCUGGUAAAAGUUCUACUAGAGGCUGGAUUUAUUGUUGGACUCUGGUUCCUUUACGGGAGCUUCUUCAUCGCAGCCAAGUUUGAGUGCACAGGGUUCCCGUGCCCUCACACCGUGGACUGCUUCGUCUCUCGUCCCACAGAGAAGACCAUCUUCACCGUCUACACCCAGGUGAUCGCAGCCGUCUCCCUGCUCCUCAACGUCGUCGAGCUCCUCCACCUCCUGACGCUCGCCGUUUCCCUCCGGAUAGAGAAGCGGCACAGAAACGACCUACUUCAGUCGAAGCCAGCGCGACGAGGCAAUCCAGAGCUGGACGUCAAUGUCCCCACGCAGGGCGGGGACAGAGUAUAUACCAACCCCUGCGAACGCUACGCCGACACGGCAGUGGAGGUAAAAUGGGAACCAGGAGCGGCGGUUGGAGCCGACCUGCUUCCAACUUACAUGAACUUUACUAGCGACGCUAGAAAAACACAUUCCAACAGGUGCCAAAAAACAAAACACGUACAAGCAGCUGGGAAAAAUCCCAGAAAGGGGCAACGAAAACAUUAUGUUUGAUGCUGUUUACGCAUACAAAGACUGCCCGUUGGUUUUUGCACAUGACACUUGCCUGACGGAGCACACUUGGAGCUCUGUAGGAGAGGAACAACCGCGCCACUGACGCCUCAGAGGCAACCAGACACGCAGAGGUUCACUCUCUAAAUGACUCUUUUCAAGACGUUUUGUGAAGCUUUGCCAAAAGGCACAGCGGGGGCAGAUUUAAGUCAUAAGACGCCUUCCUGCUCCAUUUGAAUAGAAA